GAGGUUAGUUCACCGUUUCACCGUUACGCGGCGUUGGUAUUUUAAUAUCCAUAAGUCAAUUAAAUUUUCAAUUGUAAAAAAAACUAAUUAAGUGAAUUAGUUUACGAACUUUGGCGAUUGUACCCUCCUGUUUGGACCCCGACUUCAUUUUAUUUGAACCCUGAAAUACAUGUAUAAAUUUUAUGUGACUUUUAAAAUAAAAAGCCCUCUAUGUUAGUUCUGAUGUCUUUAAAUUUCACAUGGAGAAUUUAUUUGCUUACACACCCGAAGAGUAUUCUGAUAAAAUUUGGCUAUUAAAGCCUCAAGAUAUCCUGUGUGAAAUUCAUCAUUGUCAAUUUUUACUAUUAACUCUAUGAGCUAUUCUCUAGUAGUUUUUUAAGCACUAUUGGUUAUAUUGUAUCCAUUCAGCUUUGAACAGUUUCUGAGAAAUGGCAUGUUGUCAAAGUUACACUCCAGAUUAUUUUGCAAUAACUGACAUUUUAUCAACAGAAGAGCGAAUAUCUUGUAAAAUCGAGGUAGAACUACCUGAGUUAGGUUUUCUGGAUUCUUCCUGUCAGUCUGAAGACUUGAAAAUAGGAGCAACAGUAGAAUUUCCAUUAUGGCUAGCAGAACCAUUGAAAAGCCUCCAAAAUUCAAUAGUCAGCGUUGAUGUACCAAAAAUAUACAAGGAAGGAUAUAGAGAAAUCUUGGAAGCAGAUGCUGAAGUUAUAGUUUUAAGUAAAUGGAAUCCGUUUUAUUAUGAGCUAGGGAUGCAUGUAAGAAAACUUAGUGACAGAGAUUAUGAAAUAAUCACAGAGAGCUUGUUACAGACAUUCAAGUCUCGUUUCCAAUUAGUUAUGGAUUGGUCUCAGAAUGCAACGUCUGACCCUACAUUAUCAAUUCAACUUCCUCGACUCGAGAGAGAUCUUUUCCUUAUUGGUCAACAAGCCAAGAUUCGUCUUAUGGAAUGGUUAAAAAUGGGCACAAACGAAUUGGUUGUCUCUGAAAUUACGACAAAUUUGAAAAAACGAAAACGAGAGCAAUACGAAUUUGAUUAGUAUUUUUAUUUUGCAAAAGCAAAAGUCCAAGGCUCUUCACCAAAUUAUUAUAUAAUCUGAUUGAAAAUAUCAACCAUGUAUAAUGAAAUGGAUUAUAACUUUUGAGAAAAAUGUACAAAACAUUUUAUAAUGUAACUUUUUUAAGUCAUAUUCAGAACGGACAAAGACAUUAUUUUAUUGUAAAAAACUGCGAAAUCUAUUAAUUUAUCGAAUAUUGUAAUAAAGAUUCCUUUACUCGUUUAUUUAAGAUUUUCUUAUAAAAUUAUUUUGAAUGCAGCAAAUUUAAAUUGGCGAAAUAUUUUAUCAAAUUAUAUGUAGGAAUAAAUUAAAUAUCGUUAACGAUUAAAACAUGGAUCACCUAUAUUUUUGGAUUUUCUAAGUUAAUUUAAACAGUAAAAAUGACAAUGUAUUAAACAAAUGCUUGGGUAGAAGAGUUGUGAAUAAACAUAUAUAAACUGUUAUUAAUUUUCUUUUUAUUUAAUCGAUCUCCUUGUUUGCUAAUCAAAGUACUAUCAUUUUUACUGAUUUACAACUUGUGUAUGAACAUAUACACAUGCUAUAUAAAAAACUCUAGCUUUAUUUUUAUACAUUAUAUUUUGCAUUAUGUCUAUCAAUGAUGUUACAACUUAUAAUAUUGCUAUAAUUAAUUAAUUACUUUAUUGCUUAUCCGGUCAUAAAUAUGAAAUUUAAUAGAAGUCGCGAGGGCCAUUUGGAAUUAGUAACUUUGUGUUCUUGUGUUAUUUUCUUUUUUUUACAUAAAAUACUUUUGAUAUAAAUUGUUUUUUCCAUACCAUCGUCAUAUUUAAUUUCAUUGUCACAAUUAUUUUAAUCUUGUGGUAUAAUUUGUAAUCAACUUUAAUUUUCAGUUUGUAA